CUCACAGCUGGCCAGAACUUCCUCCGUCUGUUGUGUUGUCGUGUAUUCGUUCCGUCGUUCUCCCGCGACAGAAUUCAACCUCUUCCCGUCUACUCGGUACACCAUGCGCUUCGCAGCUCUCGUCCUCGGCCUGUGGGCCACCUUGAUUUCCUCGGUGGCCGCCACCGCGCUGACCUACCGCCUCGAGGCCAACGAGAAGGCCUGUUUCCACAGCUAUGUCGACCAGAAGAACGUCAAGGUCGCCUUCUACUUUGCGGUUCAAUCCGGCGGCUCCUUUGAUGUCGACUAUUCCGUGAUCGGGCCCGGCGACAAGGUGGUUCUGGAGGGCACCAAGGAACGCCAGGGCGACUUUGUGUUCACGGCCCAGAGCAUCGGCGAGUACCGGUUCUGCUUCAACAAUGAGAUGUCGACGUUCGCGGAGAAGAUGGUGGACUUUGAGAUUGCGGUCGAAAACGAGGAACGCGCUCAGCUCCCCUCGCGCCAGGGCGCCAGCCCCGAGCAAGCCUCGGCGCUGGAGGAGUCGAUCUUCAAGCUCUCGGCGCAGCUGUCGACCAUCUCGCGCAACCAGAAGUACUUCCGGACGCGCGAGAACCGCAACUUCAGCACGGUGCGCAGCACGGAGCGCCGGAUCUUUAAUUUCAGCGUCAUCGAGGGCCUGAUGAUGGUGUCCAUGGCCGCGCUGCAGGUGUUUGUGGUGCGGUUCUUUUUCCAGGGGGCGCGGAAGGGUUAUGUUUGAUUGCGAUCUGAUGAUGAUGUUCCAAAGCAUAUAUUCGAUAUCACCUUUUUUUUGUUGUCAGUGUUAUGGACAGAAGAGAGAAUUCUACAAUUUCAGAUUUACUCUAAACGUUGUGUCUUUUUUUUCAAAUCGACUUUUGUCUUUUCGUUUCCUUUUCCCUGCUAGAGUGUAUUAUGGCGUCCUUCCCUCCUAACUCUUAUCACCUUUCGAGCUCAGGCAGUUCCAUUUGAAAUGAAUUCCUU